GAUAUAACACAUUUGGUGCUGAAAAUGCCCCUUUUGCCCCUGAUAGACAGUGUAAAAAAUACUGGAGUUAUGAAAGUGUCAGCGGGUGAUACAGCAACCUUGCAAUGUGUUAGCAAUGAUUACAACCACAAUUUCAUGUUCUGGGUCUUAGGUGAUAAAAAAGUGAUAGGGCCCAGCAAUGACUAUGAAUAUGAUAGAAAUAAAUAUAAAUAUGAAGUGCUAUCUGGGAACUUGAAAAUUCAUGCAGUCACACCUGCUGAAGCUGGUUUUUACCAAUGUUUCUCCAAAAAUAUAAAAAAUGAUGGAGUCACAAUUGGACAAGUUGAAAUGUUGGUCAAUGGUUCUGGAUUCACUGCAAUGGACUCUGUUAAGCUGGUGGCCAUAGUUCUCUCAAUCAUAAUAAUCAUUGCAUGUGCCGUUAUAUUCUUCCGUUUAAGAAAAGAGCGGAGCAAAUAUGAUGGCAGAGCAAUUGUGCCUGUAGAUGAUGAUGAAGAGGAUGGUGAUGGUGAAGAAAUUUACAACCGUACUACAACUACCAUUGCACAACCAGUGGCAGGGCCCAGCAGAAUUCCAUCAUCAGACCAUCUUCUUUAUGGAAUAGAUAACCAGGGAUUAGAUACAGAUUUCAACUCUGUGUUUGAAAAUAUUCAAAUAAAGACACCUCAAGGAAGUUUAAUCUAGAAAGCUAAAAAUGUAGUAUAUAUAUUCUAUUACUAUUAGAAGAUAGAACAAAAGAUAAUUAUUAGCUUUUGAUAUUUAUAAUGACUGUUGUAGAAUUCGUGACUAUUUUUAGAGUUAUAAGAGAAAUUGUACAUAGCAUUUCUUGUUAAAAAAUUGAGUUUAAAAUGAUAAGAA